AUGAAUGAAAGAAAUCGAUCGAGUCGAACAAAUGAAUCAGAAGAACAACGUCAGAUUCGACUUGAACAACAAACGAAACGAAGUCAAGCAAAUAGAACUAAAAAGAAACUUGAAAAACAGAAUUAUAAAAAUAUUGGUGCUGGACAAGACUCUAUUCGUUUACCUUGGCCUGAACCAAUCUCUCGUGAUUUGAAAGACACCCGUUUGCAACAAUUUUUAGAACAGAUGUCCAUGUCAAAACUGGCAGAAGCUACUUGUGCAGUUUGUAAUAUCCGUACUCCAGCAAAAGAUUCAAAGAAAAUAGCAAUUUCAAAAAUUCCUAAUAUUCAUUUACUUAAAGUUUCUGAAGAACUUAAAAAUUUAAUUAAAAAUGCAAGCAAAAAUACUGCCAUCUUCACUGGUAAUGAUAAUGACGUACAAACGACAGCACAUGUUAAAAGUAUAGUAUAUGCUUGA